UUUGCCGGUGCCCGUUUUGGGUCCCUACUCCCGAGCACUGGGUUCAUGUUGCUUUCCUGCUUUUCAUCCUCUCCCUGUUCCGUUUCCCUGUGGCCUGGCACCAUUAAUUAUCUUCAGACGUUUUCCAGUUCUGCAUAUGUUCUGCUCAACUUGAAGGAAUUGUUCUCACGGCUGCGUCGAUCAUCUGCUGAUCUCGUUAUCAGCCAAUUCUCCUCUUUGCCAGGGAAUAGAAAGAACAGAUUCCUGCCCUGCAAGCUGCUCUGUUGCUCGAAUUCUCCUCCCUUCCUUACUUCUGACUACACGACUCAAAUUGCCUGUACAACAUGCACAUCACAAGUUCAGUCCUUGCUGAAUUUCUUUAUCUGCAUUCAGGUCUUCAUUUUCCGGUACAGCAGAGUAGUGUACAAGUAUAUAGAGUACACUCACUGCUAGUGAGUUCCUGUAGUGAAAGACACUCCACUGGUCCUGAUCACGACUGAUGAGAGGAGCUAGCACUCAUGGUCUCAUCUCAUGCUUUUAUCUGCUUUGGUCAGUGCCCUUCAAGGCUUCAUCACUUGGCUGAGGCCUGAGGGCGCUUUCUGUCCAUGCCCAUGCCGUCCCGUCCUCCGAUGCUGUGGCCGCUCCACUCCCCUUGUCCGCUUCUCUUUUGCAGCUUCUCACCGCCGCCGCCGCCGCCGGCCGGUCUCACCAGUGACCGCCUCCGGCCUUGAUUUCUUUCGUCCCAUCCAUGGGCACGCCGCUACGGAUGCCCCACAUGUCCACCUGUAGCAACGUCGCGCCCGCUCCCGCGCCCGAGGCGCCGCGCGCGCCGCCGUCGUCGCCGCUGGACUACGACGUGGUGGUGAUCCUGGCGGCGAUGCUGUGCGCGCUGGUGUGCGCGCUGGGGCUCAACUCGAUGCUCCAGUGCGUGGUGCGGUGCACCCGCCGCGCCGUGGCCGACCCCGUCGGCUGGGUCGCGCACCGCCGCGCCAGCGCCGGGCUCAAGCGCGAGGACGUCGUCGCGCUGCCCGUGGUCACCUACUCCGCCUCGCCGCCGGCGGCCGCGGCGGCGGGGUGCGCCAUCUGCCUGUCGGACUUCGCCGACGGGGAGAGGAUGCGGGUGCUCCCCGUGUGCGGGCACCGGUUCCACGUCGUGUGCAUCGACAGGUGGCUCGCCUCGCACGGCUCCUGCCCGACGUGCCGGCGCCGCCUCUCCGAGUCCGGCGGUGGCCACCGCCACCUGCAAGUUUUGACGGCUGUUUAACCGAUCAAUCGGAUAGCUAUACUGUUUUCCUUUUUUUUUGUUCUCGAGAUCAUUGCUUCCGGCAUAGUAUGUGUGUAUGUAACGUAAAGAUCUUAGAUCCUGAGCUUGACGGUGGCAUGCUCAUCGCCUCAUCCGGUAUAGCUUGUUUGAUGUGGUUCACUUUGCCAUCCUGCAUGUACGUGUACACCUUACCACCAUGAGUUAUGAGAUGUUUAUUGCUCCUUUAUUACUGAAUUAUUGUGACAAGAUCACAUAUG